UCGUUUUGGAAUCUUGCAUGUUCUCCUUGGGAUCCAAAGGUAUCGCCAAGGUUCUGAUGGGUGAUGACGCCUCCCUGUGGUUGGGCGCCAACGCCUCCAUCGAGGGUGACGGCGGCAAGUGGGCUGACGGAUCCCCCUUCUCUUACCUCCACUCGAGUGCAGGUGACGCCGAAGGGGGGAAAUGUCUUUCCUUGCUCACUGGCAGCAGUGACUGGAAGCGUGACAAGUGCGACAACAUGAAAGGCUACGUCUGCAAGAAAAGAGGAAAAGGAAAGACAGCAAAACCCCAGCUGCUACAUGACGGCUACAAGGAGAAACUUUUCUGCCAACUCGAUUGGAAAGUCCUUGAAUGUCCCGAUGAAAGAGUCAUCCGCGUACAGUCGGCUUUCCACGGACGGAGGCGUAGCGACGUCUGUCCGAGUGGCGCCGCCAGAUCAGGCAUGUGUCUUGACAGUCUGGGCAUCGCUGACGGGACAAUCCCAGACUCCUCCUUUUCAGCCUCUUCCUCUGCGUUCAAUGCCGAACCUCACAAAGCGCGUCUGGGGGGCAGCGGUUGCUGGAGACCCUCCGAAAUGCUCGGCAGCUGGAUCCAGGUGAACCUCGGUCAGAGGUUCAAGGUGACGGGCAUUGUGACCCACAGCUGUACAUACCGAUUGAAAGGUUCCACCGAAUUUGAGUUGGAGUUCAGUGUUGACGGAGUGAAUUGCCUUCUCUGGGGACGUACAUACUAA